AUGGGUCAAGGGUCCUCGCAGCCCAUGAAUGGUGGGCUCAGUGAGCCUGAGAAUCAAGAUAUGAGUGAAGACCGUGAUGCCGUUGGUUCCUCGGGCCCUCCGAAAUCCUCUAAGAAAGUGAAAUCAGAAGCCCAGGUCGAAGGGGCAGCCACUCCCAAGCGGAAACGAAAGCAGACUGUCAACGAUACCAACACUGCCAUGCCUUCGGACGCCCCAAACCAGUUGCAAGAAUCGCGACUGGAUCAGUCAGGCGCACGCCCAGUGAAGCGCAAGAAGACCGCCCCCUCGACUGCAAACACGAAGGAGGCCCGCAAGCCAGAGAAGAAUGGCAAUUGCGAAGCCAUUUCGUCUCCAGAAACCCCCGUGAUUGCCAACAUCUCCGAGACUGGGGAAGCUCAGCGCCAGUCGAUUGAUAUGCAACCUCUAACGGACGUAGCGCAUACGAACGGAACCACGCCCAAAAAGCCCAAGAAGUCCAAGACGAAGACCACACAGCAGGACGAGGGAAACCAGGUGUCGGCCCUUCCGCGGAGACCUGCCGAGACUAAGCCGAUUCGUGUGGCGUCUGCGAACCCAUCGCUCGCGGAUAGCUCAACGGACCAGAAGGAUUUUACGGACACAUCAGCCGCCCGUGGACCCAGAAGAGGGAAGACAGAUAAAAUGAUCGGUUUCUUCGCUCCAUCCGAGGUCAGCGCGUUGGAGACCUUCAAACUCCAGUUUUGCAACCAGCAUGCUAUCUCCAGCGAAAGAUUUGAUAGGAUGGUACAGCAUGUGGACCGGCGCAAAGACAGCGGCUGGCCCUGUGAUGAGAUUAUUAAGAAGCCGGAUUUUUGGCAACAGAUUUAUGAUGUAUUACCAAGCAGGGAUCGAAGAUCGGUCUACAGAUUCAUGAGGCGACAUUUCCAGGAUUCGACUCAGAAGCCGCACCACUGGACACAUGAACAAGAUGACGAACUCAUCGACCUGGUAGGACGGUAUGGUCCUAGAUUCGCUCAUAUUGCGAAGAUACUGGGCCGAGUUGAGGAUGAUGUGGUUCAGAGAUGGAAGAAUCGGCUUGAGCAUCGGAGCACCAUGAGAAGGGGUGCGUGGUCCGAAGAGGAAGUCCGCGGGCUGCUCGAUGCUUUACAAACCUCCUGGAACAAUCUGAAAAAAGACGGCCAAGAUGUGGGCCGAGACAUCUACGAAAUGGAUGAGGGCCUAGUAUCUUGGGGCACAGUCAGUAAUAAACUCCAGAACUGCCGGUCCAGACAACAGUGCGCAGAUAAAUGGCGCAAGAUCAGACGCAAGAUUAUGGGACAGCGCAGCACUGGCAACCAAAACGCUGUCUACGAUCCAGCAACAGAAGCAAAGCCGCAAGGCAGAGCCAAGUCCAUCACGCUCGCGGAGCAAAUGGAAAUGGAGAGGAUGUUGAAGAGCUCCGAGUACGUUGAUUCCGAGGAUGGAGACGACGAGGACAUGGAACAGUCUGCUGGUACAGAGUCUCAAUCGCCGAACAUCAAGGAUGAGGGUGAGUCUGCCGAAAAGGAACCCACCAUCAUGUCCGCCCCAGAACGACCGCCGGCUACCUCAGCGAAGGCACUCGAUAAAGGUUCUCAAUCCAAGGAGUCACAUGCCGAAGUUGAGGACGACUCUGAGUCCGAAGCAUCAUCCGACUCAACUGAGUCCGCCUCAGACGAUGCUUCCGAAGCCGAAAUCAAGUCAGGCUCUGGAUCUGGCUCGGACUCGGACUCCGAAUCCAGUGUUGAAAGUGACGCAAAUUCCGACGCCAGAAUCAGGGCACAAUCUCCAAAAGGGCAGGAGAAAGAUGUGAGAAAGAACAAAGCAUCUUCAGCAAAGUCGUCGACAAAGCCUACAAAGUCCACGCCGAACCAGAAGCUCGUUGAGCGGUCCAAACCCAAAACAAGUGACGGUAAACAACCCAGAAGUCAGACUAUGAAAACAUCUGCUUCUGACUUGUCGAUCAAGGCUGAGACAAACGCAACUCAACAGGCUAAAGCUCCAAAGCCAUCGAAGUCAACCACUAAGGAAGACAAAAUGUCGCAAGCGACGUUGUCCGAGUCUGUAUCGGAGUCGGAGUCCGCAUCCGAUCCUUCCGACUCAGAAGAAGAAUCUAUAUCAAGCUCCGAAGAACCUUCGGACAGACAGUCCACAAAAGUAGCGCCGAAAGGACCGACAUCGGUUCAGAAAGCAAGCGUGAAGAGCCAGGUCUCUCAAAAGGCUCAAAAUAAGGAUGAGUCCGAAGAGAGCUCCUCAGCGUCAGAUGAGACGUCUUCCGGUGAUGGCAGCACCGACGCCAGUGAAGCCGACGAUGACAGCGACAGCGACGGUGACAAUGGCUCUAGCGCUAGCGACGACAAGCCGGUGGAGGCGCCGAAGACAGCCGCCCUCAAGGGGACCAAACGUAAGGCUCAGGAAUCCGCGGAGCAGACCGGCAAACCUGAGUCGAAGCGUCCGAAGACAGGGCAGAAACCAAGCAAGAAGUCAUCUCCAUCCUCCUCCGCUAGAUCCUCGUCAGAAGAUAGCGAAAGCGAGGAUGACGCCGACAGCGGUUCAGAAGUUGAUACCAACGAGUCAAGCUCGGCAUCCGACAGUGCAGACUCCACGUCUAAGCCUCAGCCCAAAUCAAAGUCCGAGUCCAAGCAACCUACCGCUCAGCCAAAAGCACCCAAAGCUAUUAAUGGGCAAAAGUCGGAACUCUCCAAGUCACGCACUCCAGUAUCAAAGGAGGGAAGCAAUGCCAAGAAUGGGCAAAGCGGACAGAAGCAGGAUUCGAAGCAAACCAACCCUUCCCUUUAUCAGGUCAAGAAGGACAGAGAGAAGGAAAAAGGCAAACUGGGAUCGACUCCGGUGUCAAAGGGGAAAAAGUCCAAGUGA